AUGGAGUCGUCGAAGUCUGAUGGAUAUUUAGUGCUGUGCGCCUAUUCCAUUGCACUGCUCGAUUUGGUAUCCGCAGUGCUCUUUGCCGUUGUCUCCGGGAUGCUCUAUGCGAAGAAUAACCAUUGGACCUCUCUGGUGUCAAUGAUCUUUACUAUAUUUUGGAUUAUUAUAAUUAUCGUGCUGGCAGUGGGGAUCUACAAGCGCCAGUUGGCUUUGAUUCGUUGCUGGCUGGUGUUCACCUGCCUUGGAAUAUUGCUAGAUGGGUUUAUUCUGAUUUAUGGCCUGACCCUAGCCGUUUCCGUGAACUGGGAUGGCGUCAAAAUCACAGUCUUGCCUUUUGUGGGCUUGGCUGUGGAAAUGACUUUUGUCUAUAUCAUACAUCUCUUGUAUCUGGAAAUGACUGAAUUUCCCAAUCCACAGCCCCAGCCACAGCUAAGGACCCGAGGUGGAUCUCUUAAGUACUCAGAGACGAAAUUCUCAGAGGCUGACGAGAAACCGGCAAAGAGAAACGGGAAACAGCUUAGAGCCAAAGAUGAGGACUACGAGUAUUAUCGUCAGAAGAAGCUAUCUAAAGAGAAAAAGCUGCGGAGCAACGCUAACCUCACCAAUUAGGAAAGGAGGUUGGGCCAUUGAUUGCCCUAAGGUCAUCUGAAGCUGAUCUAUUAUACCUGUACAUACAUAUAUUUGAAACAAGCCGCGUAGCAGAACACCACAACAUCUUUCCAGUACUGUAUGGCUGUAUAGCAGAGGCAGCGUUUUUUUUAUUUUGUCUAGAUCAAAGCUCUUUAAGUUUAUAUAACAUUAAGGAUGCGGACCACUCACUCACACUGGGAUACAGAUAGGUACACCUACAGAGACGUGCGUGUGCCAAUGUUAAACACAAAAUCCUUUUAAAAUAAUUUGCGCAGCAGCCAAGGAGGAAAAAUCAAGAAAAAGGCAUUCAGCUGUAGAGAAUCGAAGCUUUAAGCACCCUAAGAAAAUGUUCCCCUAAAUAAAACAUACAAUC